AGUGCGUCCUUGGAACCUACUUAGUGUUCAAGGGCGCCGCCCUGACAUUUUUGCACCGCUCUCUGAUCCAGUCGCGCUGCACUGCCAUUGGGGCGACAGGCUGCCUGCGCACUCGUAGCUUCCGUGCUACAUGUAACUUACAAUGUCUACCAGCAUGCCAGCGCCUCGAAGACGUCCGCCAUACGAGGCUCGCAGUUACCGAAUACAACAUUGCGGUGGCGCCCGUAGUGGAUGAGGAUCUGCGAAACGACGCCCAGCCACAUUUCCCACAUCCACACGAAUACCGCCCGACACAUUUUAUGAAGCGCAACAUGAGGGGUCGAACGGACAUACCGCCCUCGCCCACAAGCAUUAUUCCAAUCUACGACUCGGCAUGACAAGUCUUACAUUCGACAAGCCGAGGACCACAGUCAACGCACCUAGGAGUCCUACGGUCGUUGAGCCCACUCUUGUAGUCAAUGGAGCGUCAGGCAACGAAGGCACGCCUUCGGCGAGCCGAUCGAAUCACCUCGCGGAUGAAGCAAGUCCUGCCACUGAUGGAAGCGCUCCGAGAGGUGCUGGGGUUCUAUCUUCCGACGACCCUUCAAGAUCCCCAGUUAAUGAGACGCAGCUUGCCAUUGAAGAAGGGAAGGUGCACAUACUUGUGAUUGGCAAGACAGGAUGCGGCAAAACGACGUUCAUUAAUGUCGCGGCGAAAUCGAAGCUCGAAGUCGGACGCGGGCUGGAACAAUGUACCACGACGAUACAGUCAGCUGAGCUUGCGUUGUAUGAUGGUGCCACGUCGGUGGUGUUGCACGACGUACCAGAUGGGGUGGAGAACGUUGAUAGGGACAUGCAGUCUACUAUUAGUGCUAUCAUUUACGUGAUCGACAGCACGGAGACACGCGCCAAGCUCUACACGGAACAGAGCUAUCAGAUCCUCAGCGGACUUGACAAGGAGUGCAAGCUGCACAAGUUGCUUUUUCUUGUCUCCAGAUGGCCGACGCAAGAGGACGAGGCUCGCCGAAAAGACGCAUCAUCGAGGCUGCGCGAAUACGAGCAAGACUACUUCGAACCGUAUGUCAGAAGGGGCGCAAUUGUGCGCACGUUCAACAAGGACAUGGGUAAUGAACAAGCGCGCGCCAUAGUUCGAGCCCUUGUGGAGAGCACGUUGGCUGCCAAGGGCAGCAACACAGGGAUUCGCAAACGCUGCAGCUGCAUUCGGGGUCUCCGAAGUAGAUUAACAGAAUCAUGUGUCAUAUGCUAGCGAUAGGACAGGACGUGGUAUGAUAACGAUGAUAACACGAUACUUAUUAUGCGUAAAGUACCUAGCCACAGUGGAGUCAGUCUCACAGUUACAUAAAUGGGAAUUGUUUGUUUGGCAAGAGCCUCUGAUCCAAAC